AAACCUCAUGUGUUUGAAUGCCGCCCGACUUCAGUUUGACGCAUAUUAAUUAAACUCACUUUACUAUCUAAAUCUAAAGCAUCUUCACCUUCGAAAGCUAAAGAAAGAUAAGAAUUCUUAUGCUCUCCAGUGAAAUCAACAGUCCCCCACCCCCAUGAAGUCCUCGUAAUGAACACAUGUUCAGACGAUCUCAGACUCGUAACUCUCUCUCGCAGUCUUGCUUCGUAGUGUUUCUCACAGUUGCUCACUUGCCUCCUCCCCGAGACGGUGGUCAGUACUUCAUCUCCAGAUUGUACAGAAUGUCACCACCACCAGCUAAGAAACAAUGUCAGUCAAAUGAAGAGGAUAUUAGAGAAUUUAAGGAAUACUGGACUGAAAAGUUUGGCAUGAUUAAGAAGGAUGAUAAAGUUUUAUGCAUUUUCUGUUCUGACACAGUUGUUUGUAGAACUUCUUCUGUAAAGAGACAUUUUGAAAAUGUUCAUAAGAACUUAAGCAAUAAAACUGAGGAGGAACAAAGAGAAUUAAUUUCUCGUGAACUGAGCAAGACAAAAGCACAAGCUGAAACUUUUAUGAAUUAUAUUUCAGGUAGGCCCAGUUCCAACUUAAUUGCUGCUAGUUUUGAAGUUUCAAAAGUUAUUGCCCAACACGGAAAGCCUCUCUGUGAUGGGGAGUAUAUUAAAAAAGCUUGGCUAGAAUGUGCACCUUUUCUUUUUGACAACUUUUCAGAAAAGAAAAAGAUUAUUCAGCGCAUUAAAGAUUUGCCUGUGAGUAGGAAAACAGUUAAGGAUAGGAUACUUAAGUUGGAAAGAAAUACAGCUGAACAAUUGACAAAAGAUUUGUCUUCAUGCAAGUUUUUUUCUAUUUGUGUUGAUGAAAGUACAGACAUUACAUCAUCAGCUAGGCUAGCCAUAUAUUCUAGAUUUUGUAGGGGUGAUGAAGUAUGUGAAGAGAUGGUUGCUCUUGCAUCACUACCUGAGCGUACUACCGGGGCUGAAAUAUGUAAAACAGUUGUGAACGAAUUCUCUACUCGGCAAAUUGACAUUUCAAAAGUAGUAUCCGUCACAACAGAUGGUGCCCCAAGCAUGACUGGUGAGAAGGCAGGAUUUGUAAAUCUGUUUGCAAAAAGUGUUGGUCAUCCACUGAUUGGCUUCCAUUGCAUCAUACAUGAGGAGGCUUUAUGUGCAAAAGCUGGCCUAAAGGAACUGCAAGAAGUGAUGCAAACAGUUACCAAGGUUGUUAAUUACAUUUGUGGUCGGCCUUUAAAUAAAAGACAAUUUCAAACUCUACUGGAUGAGGUAGAAUCUGUGUAUAAAGGACUGAAAAUGUACAACCAUGUUCGUUGGCUUAGCAGAGGCUUGGUUCUGAAACGAUUUAUUGAAUGCUUAGAUGAGAUAAAGCUCUAUUUGAACGACCAACAAGUGUCAUACCAUGAAUUUUCUGACAUCGUGUGGGUUUGUAAACUGAUGUUUUUUGCAGAUUUUUGUGAACAUUUAAAUGAAUUGAAUAUUAAGUUACAGGGCUCUGGUAAGACACUUGAUGUUAUGUUUUGUUACAUAAAAGCUUUUGAAAUGAAGCUUAAAGUUUUUAAGAAGGAUGUAGAUAAUGAGAGAUUUAGAUACUUUCCAAACCUAAAGAGGUACAUCAGUGAUCUAAAAGAUGACAGAACAGACCACAAAUGUCUUCAAAAGCUGUUUGUAAACAUUAUCGAGUCAACAGUUUGGCAGUUCUCUACAAGAUUUGCCAAAUUCAGAGAACUGGAAGACACAGUAAAGUUCAUCAAGUUUCCAGACAGCAUCAAAAUGGAUGAACUAAACUUGCAAAUGUUUUCAUGGAUAGACAUGGAUGAUUUUGAGAUGCAGUUGAUUGAAUUUCAGAGUAGCUCAAUUUGGAAGCAGAAAUUUGUUGACCUUAGAGUUGACUUGGAAAAUAUUGAGAGAGAGAGAUUAGAGAUGAAAGUAACAAAGAGAAAUGCGGAAAACGAAGUAUUAAGGACUUGGAAUACUAUUCCAGAAAAUUAUGUCUGUUUAAAAAACCUUGCAAUAGCAUUGCUAACCAUGUUUUCGUCUACAUAUGCUUGCGAAUCUUUGUUCUCAAUUAUGAACUUUGUUACAGAUGAAACAGAUGACAGAUGAAACUUUUAUAUACUGACAGUAUAUAAAAGGAGUCAACAAAUUUUUUAUCUGUUGUAUUCUAUUAAAGUCACAAAAGCUUAAAGGCUGUUGAAAUGUACUUCUGAAGGUUAAAUAAAUUUUUUUUUGUUUUUUU